CAAAGUUUUUCAACACAAGUUAUUUAUUUAGUUUGAGAGUAGUGUGUAUUACUUAUUGAUGGAUAUGAAACUUUUACUUUUGUUUAUAUUUGCCUUGGUCCAUUCAGGUAACACUUCUUCGGAUAAUGUGCUUCCUUUAGUGAUUAACACUUGGCCUUUCACCGAUGCAACAACUAAAGCAUGGCAAGUCAUUAGUAAUAAAGGAUCAGCAAUCGAUGCUGUAGAACAGGGCUGCUCUCAAUGUGAAAUUGAUCAAUGUGACGGAACUGUUGGAUGGGGAGGAAGCCCCGAUGAAAAUGGUGAAACAACUCUUGAUGCUAUGAUAAUAGAUGCAACGAACUAUGAUAUUGGCGCUGUCGGAUCAUUAAGGCGAAUUAAACAGGCAAUAUCUGUGGCUCGUAAAGUUAUGGACCAUACGAACCAUACUUUAUUGGUUGGUGAUCAAGCUACCCAAUUUGCAAUCUCCAUGGGAUUUCAGGAGACAAGUUUAACUUCUAACAAUUCUAAAAACAUUUAUAGACAAUGGAAAGAAGAGCAAUGUCAACCCAAUUUCUGGGUCAAUGUUUUACCCGAUCCUACAAAACAAUGUGGUCCUUAUCACCCAAAAUCAUCAUCCAAGCUCACUCAAUCGAUAAAAGCGCCUAAAAAGUCAAAUGAACCCAACCACGACACUAUUGGUAUGAUUGUGAUUGACGAAAACGGUCACAUCUCUGCUGGUACAUCGACUAACGGAUUGAAUCAUAAGAUUCCUGGCCGAGUUGGUGAUUCUCCAAUUCCUGGAGCUGGUGCAUAUGCCGAAAAGGAUGUUGGAGCUGCUGCCGGUACAGGGGAUGGUGACAUUGCGAUGAGAUUUGCUCCAGCCUAUCAAGUUGUUGUCAAUCUUAGAAUGGGAAUGAGUCCAACAGCCGCUGCUAAAGAUGCUAUCGAUAGAAUGGCAGUUCAUUAUCCAAAUUCAAUGUUAGCUUUGAUUGCUGCUGAUGCCCAUGGAAAUUUCGGAGCUGCAUGUAAUGGUAUCGAAACAUUUCCAUUUUCCGUCAUGAAUCCAAAUUUAUCAAAAAUAACAGUUUAUCGAGUUAAUUGCACGAAUCCUAUCAAACCUAGUCCACAUCCUAUUGAUGAAGCUUUUCUUUAAGCAAUAUACAUGUAUUAUAUUCAAAUUCAACGAGUAAUAUUUUUAAACAUUACUGCAAUUAGCAAUUUCUUUUGCAAUUGAUUUGUAUAUUUACUCUAAUGCAUCAAUGAAAAAAGUCAAAUAACUAU